CACAUCUCUCUCUCUCUCUCUCUCUCUCUCUCUCUCUCUCUUCCGUUUUGCCUUAAUUUCUCUGUAUCAAUUUCCUAUUUUGUUGGGCAUCCCUUUUCGCAUUGAUUAUUCUUCUGAUUGUUCGAAUUUUUCUGUUCAAUUUGGAGUCGUGAAGGUGCAGUGUGGUAGGGGUGUUGUGAAGCUUGUGGUAUCCAUAGGGUUUUGGGUGCUAAUGCAUUGAUUGUUCAAUCUCGCGGACAUUUAGUUCGGAAAUUGCUGUGUGGGAGUAAAAGCUCAUUGUCACGGUGGACAUGUGCAGAUAUUAGAAUUUUGUCUUACGGCACCAACUGUACCUAUAGAAUUUGCUGGACAAAAGGAAUCUAGGAAGUGCUCUCUUUCACAAAUAAUGGGGAAAUCACGAAAGUACUCAAAAGGUCAUGCCACCGGUUUUGUUCCAGAUUUUCGCCAUGCUGUUGAGACUAUGGGUGAAUCAGAAGGACUUGGUAACUUGGGAAGGGUUGAUAAUGAGUUGACAAUGUCAGAAAUUUCAUGUGCCCCAAAGAGAAAAAGGGUUGAUGAGAGUUUUGAUGUGCCAUUUCAACUGUUAUCUUUAACAAAGAUGGCCCGUUCUGGGAGAAAGGACUUGACACUGAGAUUAAAAUCCGAACUUGAAGAAGUAAGGAAACUUCAAAAGAAAAUUGCUGGUAUGAGUUCAAUCACUACUGAAUUAUCUCCAUAUAGUGACAUAAGGAGCUGCAGUGUGGGAGAGAAGAGGCCUCCACUGGAAUCAUUAGCACUGCAUGGUAAGAAGCGCCCACUACUAAAGCAUAACGGUCCUAAAACAAAGAGAAGUAUUUCUGGGCGAUUUAUAUCUGCGAAAUCUGCUGCACCAGUAACUCCUUCAUAUGCCGUGCUGAUGAAGCAGUGUGAGACAUUGCUUAAGCGCGUGAUGUCUCAUCAAUUUGGUAAAGUUUUUGACAAACCGGUUGACAUUGUGAAAUGGAACAUUCCAGACUAUUUCACUAUCAUCAAGCACCCGAUGGAUUUGGGUACUGUGAAGAGUAAGCUGAUUUCGUGUGAAUAUACAAGUCUUAUGGAUUUUGCUGCAGAUGUGCGGCUGACUUUCUCAAAUGCAAUGAGUUAUAAUCCACCGGGCAAUGAUGUGCAUGUCAUGGCAGAGACACUAAGUAAAUAUUUUGAAACAAGAUGGAAGCCUAUAGAGAAGAUUCUUGCCAUUGAUGAUGUGCCAUCUGAGCCUUCAAAACCCACUACUUGUAUUGAAAAAUCCGAAAUUGUUGAUCCUCCUGUGAAAAAAAAGAAAAUAACACCAAAUGGCACUAAUGUCAAGCCAGAGCCCAUUAAAAGAAUCAUGACUGGUGAGGAGAAGCAAAAGUUGAGUAUGGAAUUGGAUGCGUCAGUUGUUGAAUUGCCUGAAAACAUUAUUGAUUUCUUGAAGGAGCAAAGUUAUAAUGCUAGCCAAAUAAAUGACGAUGAAAUUGAGAUUGAUAUAGAUGCCCUCAGUGAUGAUACAUUAUUUAAACUGCGGAAGCUUCUUGAUGAUUUUAUGCUAGAGAAGCAAAAAACCCUGGCAAAACCUGGACCAUGUGAAAUUCAGCCAGCCAAUGAAUCUGGAUUUAGCAAUUCAUUGCAACAAUGUGAAGGCAAUGAACCAAUUGAAGAGGAGGUUGACAUUGUUGGUGGGGAUGAUCCUCCUCUUCCAAGUUACCCUCCAGCAGAGAUUGAGAAUGGUGGCACCAACAAAACAAGUGAACACAGUUCAAGCAGCUCUAGUAGUGAAUCUGGCUCUUCAUCCAGUGAUUCAGAUAGUGAGUCAGAUAGUGAACCAGGCAUUGCUAAAGCAUCAGACCAUUUUAAUCCUAUGAAGGAAAAGGUUGGAUCUGGCUUGUCUAUUGAUCAAAAGGAGGGGAAUCUUGAUAAUUCAGAAACUGAAAUCGACUCCAUGAAUGCAGCUGGCCAUGUUGAGCAGAGUUCCCAGACUGAUUCAGUUAGUGAUGAACCUGAAAACCACCAAGAGGGGGAGAAUGCUCCAUCUAAGAAGCAAGUAUCCCCCGAUAAGCUCUACCGUGCAGCUUUAUUAAGAAGCCGAUUUGCUGACACCAUACUUAAAGCUCAGGAAAAGACACUUGAAAAGGGUGACAAGUGGGAUCCUGAAAAACUUAGGAUGGAACGAAAAGAGCUAGAAAGGCGGCAGAAGGAGGAGAAAGCUCGGUUGCAGGCAGAGGCAAAGGCUGCAGAAGAGGUUCGGAGGAAAGCUGAAGCCGAAGCAGCAACUGAAGCCAAAAGAAAGAGGGAACUGGAAAGAGAAGCAGCUCGUCAGGCUUUGCAAAAGAUGGAGAAGACAAUUGGUAUCAGUGAGAGUAGUCAAUUUUUGGAAGAUCUAGAGAUGCUGAGUGGUUUACUAGAUGAACAUUUACCAAAUUUCACAGAGGAAAGAAGUCCUGAUCAUCUUGAAAAUGGGCUGGGUAGUUUCAAACUACAGGGAAGUUGUAAUCCGUUAGAACAACUAGGCUUGUACAUGAAGGCUGAUGAGGAGGAAGAAGAAGAAGAAAUGCCUCAGAGUACUACAAGAGAAACAAAUGAUGUAGAAGAAGGAGAAAUCAAUUGAUGGGUUCUAUAUAUCUCAUUAUUGUUGCAUCAGUUUAACAAGAUAAAUUGGUUUUUAGAAACAGUCAAUAGCCUAAGUUUAGCAACAAUGCUUUUUUCCAGCUUUUGGUGCAGAGUAUUACCCCUGGCUUGGCACUCAUGAAAAAUGUGAUAGAAGAAGCUAGAAUGAAAGGGCAUAAACAUUGGUUUUGGUUUUUAGGAAAGGAAAUGGUUUGAAAAUGUUGAAUAACAAGCAUUUAGGUCCCGUUUAUUGAAGGGCUUUUCUAUCUAGGCGGAGGAUAGCUUGUAUCGAUUAGGAAAUAUUCGAUUUUGUUUGUAAAUUGGAAUUCAUAAAAUUGCAUAGUGUUCUAUGCUCUCAUUUGAGUCAGCUUCACUGAAUGUAAAAUAUUUGUUAGCCUAGGAGAAAGCAAUUCUUUC